AUGCAGCCAUUGACGACCAAAUCCAGCCCAUGGCUAGGCAUCCACCUUGACAGGGAUACAUAUGCACCAGGUGACACCAUCACCGGGUUUGUCUACCGAACAACACCUAUUUGUACCAUAGACGCUGAGGUAUCAUGCUAUCUCCACGGACGGGCUUCAGUCGUUUCUGGUCUCGAUCCAAGGCUCGAUUCAAAGUUCACCCUCCUUACAUGCAAUAGCGGCGAUAACAUAUUAUUCCGUGGACCGCUUUACACUCACAACAACAAAAUCGAGAGGUGGAAUUUCAGCCUGGAAAUCCCUACUUGUGCAGACUCAACAGCGAAUACGGGCAUCACACUCGCAAGCUAUAUGCCCACAGCAGCAACAGAUCACCAACUGCCGCCCACAUACUCACUUUACUCGAUGAAUGUCAUUGGCGUGUUUGUUGAAUACUUUGUGUCCGCGAAGAUACUGUUUUACGAGCGCGAUGAGGUUCAGAGAGUGCAAGCUUGGCAUCCCAUCAAACUAGUUCACUACUCUCCAAAUCCGCCCAUCGCAGACUUUGCGGUCAAGGUACGGCGGUAUCCUGGGAAUGUGAAGAGCUCCCGCUUAAUUCCCGGAAGGCAAGACGAAAAAUCUUCGCUUUUUAGCUGGGCCAAACGGUCAUCUAGUCGACCCAGCGAUCCAACAUUCACAUUCGAACUGGUAUUUGGGUUUCCGACGAGAAUCCAGCUAGACAACCAGACACCAAUACCAUUGCGCCUAGCUGUUUUUCCAAACUGGGGCGAAACUUCUGACAUUUUGAAGAAUUUGCCGCAGAAAUUUAAAUUACUCCUUAUGAAGGUUUCGCUCGUUACAUGUACUAAGGUCAUAACCCGGCAUGGAACAGAAAAGUACUAUACAAAAGCUGUCGACCUUGGCGUUUCAAAUGCAAUGGACGACCUACAGGAUGAAAUACAAAUUCCAUGCACCAGUAGUUGGGAACCAGUUGAUGUUGGAGAAAUGAUAGAUCUUCGCAUCACAUCAGCAGGAAUCACUUGUGGAUGGAAGGAAGAGCAGUUUACGCCAUCAUUUCGAACUUACAACAUGACUGUAACACACAAGCUGCGGUGGGAUAUCGAGUUCAAAGUCGCGGGUGACACUUUGUUUGUCAAAGGAGAGGCAAACGUACUUUUGCUUAGGUCCUGUGAUGAACGGGAGCAGAGUACCAGGGGGCUUGGAGUAUCAGAGGUUGAGGAGGACGAUUCGUGGAUCAGACCACCACCAGAGGAUGACGCACCACCGUCUUUUGCUGAUGCAGUGGUGAUGGGGAAAUGGCACGUAGAGCACUGA